AUGGCAGAAGCGUAUCAGAAGGAGUUCUUUAAUGUCACGUUUCCGGCGGAAUACGUGGCGCAUGUUGAGAUUAAUCGGCCGGAGAAGAUGAAUGCUUUCAAGGAGGUAAUGUGGCAAAACCUCAAUCAAAUCUUCAACACCCUCUCCACUGACCCCUCCGUCCGCUCCAUCAUUCUCAGCGGUGCCGGCCCCCGCGCCUUCACCGCAGGCCUCGACGUAAACGCUGCCUCGACCUCCGGGCCACUCGCCUCCUCCAAGACCCCAGACCCAGCCCGCACCGCCAACGCCAUCCGCCGGCAUGUCCUCGACUUCCAAGCUUGCAUCAGCAGCAUUGAAAAGUGCGAAAAGCCCGUCAUCUGCAUCAUCCAUGGCAUCGCCUACGGCCUAGCCCUCGACAUGAGUCUCGCCUGCGACAUCCGCAUCUCGACCCAAGACACCAAGUUCUCCGUCAAAGAAGUCGAUAUCGGCAUUGCCGCAGACAUCGGCACUCUAUCGCGUCUGCCUCACGCAGUAGGCAACGCCAGUUGGGUCAAAGACGUGGCGUUGUCCGCGCGUAUCUUUGGGUCGGAGGAAGCGCUGCGUGUGGGGCUGGUCAGCAAUGUGUACAAAGAUAAGACGGAGGCGGUGGCAGAGGGGAUCAAGUUAGCGAGUCUGAUUGCGAGCAAGAGUCCCGUGGCUGUGCUAGGGACGAAGGAGUUGUUAAAUUAUUCAAGGGAUCGGCCUGUAGAGGAGGGGUUGAGGUAUACGGCUGUUUGGAAUAUGGCCAUGUUGCAGACGGAGGAUGUGCCGAGGGCUAUGGGGAGUGGAAUCAAGAAAACGGUGCCGAAGUUUACUCCUCUCAUUCGACCAAAGCCAACCCUAUCCUCUUAA